AUGUUCAAAGCUGUGGCUCUGUUUUUGUGUGCUUUUUCCGUUGCCAAGGCAACAACGCCCUCCGUUGACGCUUAUAUCCAAGAUGGGGCUCCUAGAUUUACUAUCCAUGUGGACUACGACACCCUCGGACCUUGGCUCAACGUGUCUGCUGCAGGUACCGUUGUCAACGAGAACUUUGGCUGGCAGGCCGGCUCGGCCCAGGUCCUUGACAAGGACGGCCAGCCGUCCAAGUACGGCAACACGGGACUGAGCGAGUCCGAGUCGGGCAUCGUCACCACGCUGGACUUUGACUUCGACGACGACCUGCUGUCCUACUACGGUGGGGUCAUCGCCCACUCUCCAAACACCACCUCGUAUGGCGGUGACUAUUUCUCAGCCACCUGGGAAAUCUCCAUCUACAAAGAGGGAGCUACCAAGCCGGACGUGUACAAUGUGGAGGCUUCUACGCACGUCAACUGA